UCGCUGGUUAGAGGCAUACGCUUGUCUGCCCGGCUACCCACCAAAGCCCUCCCGGUCGCCAUGGAUGCUCUCCAGAUGUAUAAAUCCCUGUCGCAGCUCAACGAGUGGCCCACGCAACGCCCAAUCUCGCGUCUGACGGCGAAAUUCGUGCUGGACUACGUCCUUACCAGCGGGAUUUCUGAUGAUGUUGAACUGGUCUCCCUCGCCUACAGAGCCAUCGAGUGCUGGGCAUCCGUGUUCCAGCAUUUCGAUCCAGAGGACCACGGGUGGAUCUCGAGUGAUGUCUUCCACGAAGCGCUGUCGGCCUCCGGUUACAACGUGAGCAAGUACUACGUGAGAUGCCUUCUUCGAGCGUCUGAACGCUUAGGCCAGGUGUCCUUCGACAACUUCGUCAAGGCGUGCGCUACAACCGCAAAGGUGCAUCCGUGACUACAUCGCAUUGCUUGACUUUUCGCAACGACAUUUUUGAACACAGGACCACUCUCA